GGUGGGCUGCGCGUCAGUGAGGGGGGAGAUGAGAACUGUGAAUCCAUCCGUAAGGAAAGUCAUACUAUUAGUCAACACUAUAUAGCCGUGCAGUCAGGCUGCUAUGGUCGUCUACAUCUGGAGUUUGAACAUUAGCUACAAAGACACUUCUGCGCUCAAUCAAAGUGCAAAUGUCAGUUCAGGAGACCCCCUAGAGCCCCACGAUACCCCACCUGGCCUGAGCCGGACCGGCCACACGGUGACAGCCGUCUGCCUCGGAAUCAUUCUGGUGUUUGGAUUCCUCAACAACCUGUUUGUCCUGCUCAUCUUUGCGAGGUUUCGCUCACUGUGGACACCCAUAAACCUCAUUCUGCUGAACAUCAGCGUGAGUGACAUACUGGUUUGUUUGUUUGGGACUCCCUUCAGUUUCGCUUCCAGUCUCUAUGGGAAAUGGUUGUUGGGAUACCACGGCUGCAAAUGGUGGUUCGCCAAUUCGCUUUUUGGAAUUGUGUCUCUGAUGUCUCUGUCCAUACUAUCAUAUGAGCGUUAUGCUGCCCUGCUGCGCCCCACCAAGGCAGACGUGUCUGACUUCCGCAGGGCCUGGCUCUGUGUGGCUGGAUCCUGGCUCUAUUCACUGGUGUGGACUCUCCCACCAUUCCUGGGCUGGAGUAGCUAUGGACCUGAAGGGCCCGGGACAACAUGCUCAGUGCAGUGGCAGCAGCGCUCAACCAACAGCAUGUCUUAUGUGAUGUGCCUGUUCAUCUUCUGUCUGCUUCUACCCCUAAUUCUCAUGAUCUUCUGCUAUGGCAAAAUCCUGUGCAUUAUUAAAGGGGUAACUAAAAUCAACCUGCUGACUGCACAGAGGAGGGAGAACCACAUCCUUCUCAUGGUUAUCACCAUGGUCUCCUGCUAUCUGCUGUGCUGGAUGCCGUACGGGGUGGUGGCUCUGCUGGCCACCUUUGGCAGGAGGGGACUGAUCACUCCCAUAACCAGCGUGGUGCCAUCAGUCCUGGCCAAGAGCAGCACGGUGGUCAACCCGGUCAUAUAUGUGCUUUUCAACAACCAGUUCUACAGGUGUUUCUUAGCAUUUCUGAGGUGUCAAGGAGAUCCAUCUUUUCACAGCCAGAAUCCUCAGCACAGCAGCAAAGAAGAUCCUCAUGCGCUCAAGCCCUGUGACAGGCCCUCAUGGCAUCGCGGCGUUAAGGGCCCCCAGAAAAAAGAGCAGCACACCCUGGCCUUAGUAGUCCAUUACACCCCCUGACACUCUCAAAGACUGCCCAGGCUCUUAACAGAUCAGCAUUUAUAAUGCAGUAUAAUGAAAACUGACAGUGUGAUGAUUGUUCCAAUAUCUUAAACCACACCACAAAGAUUCAUACGACCAGUAUAUCAGAAUCCCUGAGCUGGACCAAAACUGAAACUCAUGGUACUCUAAGACUUGAAAUGAAUGUGCAGUGUCAGUUUAACGAAUACUCUAGAACAAAAGAAUGUAUUUUUAAAUAUAUGUAGAUACAUACUACACAAACACUGAUUAUAUAAUGAACUUCUGAAUAAAGACAACACAUUGCUAACCGUGCAGUGAAGCAGUUAGUGUAAGUGUCAGUCCGUGAAUGCUGUAGUGUAGUUACACUUGUUGCCAACAGUAGGAGCCACUGCCCAUGUGAUACUGCAGUGAGACUCGCUAAUGUUUAAACACAUAUAACAGAACUCUGCAAAGUUUACUCCAUAUCCAUAUGCUGCUUGUGACAGAUUUUUUCCAAUGCAUCAUUUAUUACCAGCCUUUGUUAGUGGCAUGUUAGCUAAUGAAAGUUUCCCUAUAGCAUAGUAUUUCAUAUUUUUAAGAUAUUAAAUCUCCAUGUACUUAAGUGUUAUCAUAUUUUAUUAAGCAUUACAAAACUGUAUAAAGUGUACAUUUUUGUGAGUAAUUGUGAGUCAUGUUAUAACGCACAGACAUGUAAUUACAUCAUUAUUCCAACUGAAGUAUUUUCAGACUUCGAUCCUGCAUCAUUUGCACAUUUUCCAGAAAGUGUGAACAUUUUAAUGUGCCAUUCUCAUAGUCAGUUCCAUAGGCCCACAGUCUCUUUUUCACCAACACGCACAGAACAUGCAGUGAGUCAUAUAUGCGUGACGAAUCAUUCUUCCCAUCCCUGGAAAAAGAAGCAGUGAAUACAUGGUUUGCUAUGUAUGUGUUGAAUUCUUUCCCUGUAAUAAUUUUUAAGCAUUUAAUGUGUUUUUUUCUUAUUAGACUAAUGUUCACUGUAAUACUAAUGCAACACUGUAUAAGUCAGUUUCAAAGUAUCAGACAUAUGGUCAUAAAAAUAGCUAAAAUGCUGCUUGAUACUGAAAACUGGUAUUUCUUAUCAUAUUAUUGUACUGUUGUAAUUAUAAAAACUGGUUUGUUGCUAGUUUUACCAUUUACUGCACUUUGUUAUUCUUCUAGUCAUUUAUAGAACGGCUAACGCAUUGGAAGUCUACCACAAUAGUUUUCUUCCUCACUGAAAAAUAUAGUGAAAAUUACAUAAAGCAACAACAUCAUGAUUAUCAGUAUAUUACCUAUCUACUGUACAAUAACUAAUAAAGCCUUGGUUUUUAAGGGAUGUCUAAAAGUAGAUCUAGAAUUUGCAGGACGAAUUUUAACAUGCUUUGUGUAGCUUUCAUUUGUGACACAAUAAUUGAUAAGUGCCAAUAUUUUUGACUGUAAAUGACCUCAUGUUACUCAUGAGCACUGCAUAUUGAAAACACUGAAAUAUAUGUGUACUUCCACCCACAUCCAUUCACAUGCACAAUGUAAAUUAUUUCUGAUGUUUCGCAUAAUA